ACACCCCCAGAACAAUUGGUAUAAUCGAAAUGUCCCAUGAUAACUUGCGGAUAGAAGUAGACGACAAAGCUAUUUCCGGUAACUUCCGGUUUAGAAUGGGAACAUACAUAUACAGGAUUCAGUACAACUUCAAAGGUGUCACCACAGUAGUGCAGUGAUGCAGCUCAGAUACGGUGCAUCUGAUUGUGUCUGUGACAAACAUGUGGUCUUCUUGUCCCUUUUUUACAAGAGACUUUUAUUUUUUCUCACAUUGUUCUGUAAACAUGAUUGGUCUUCCACUUGUUUUAGUUUUUUUGAGCUGUCUGAAUUUAGUGCAGUGUCUUCCUACUCAGGGUUCUCUCCUACAAAGCAAUACAACUCAUUCUCAUGCUCCAAAAGAACUACAAGUAGAUAGCAUCUCUAGUUACACAGGAGAGGGGGACAGCGCAUUAAAAAUUGCUGCAAAUGGAAGGACAGAGCCGGUCAAAUUUAUGUCUUCCACACAAGAAGAAACUGUGACUAGACACCAAUGGACAUGGUCCUGGGCAGUAAGGCUAAAACCCAACUGCAGGAAAGGUUUAUACGACCAACACCGACUAGCCAACCAUAUAUCAGAUGAGUUAUCGUUGCAAAACUUAGGACAGGUAGGGUUGCUUGAAGACCAUUUUCUUCUGGUGCAUGAAGAAUACCACAAGACGAUGGAAAUGUUGGAACACAAGAUGGAACAUGGUAGACGGAUCACAGCUGCGUUACGCGGACAUCCAUGUGUGGAGUGGUCUGAACAACAGCGUAUCCACAGGAGAGUCAAGAGAGACAUCGAGCUCAACUUUCAGGACCCUUACUACUCACUGCAGUGGCAUUUGCAUAACCAGUUUCACUCUAAGAUGGACCUGAAUGUGCUGAAUGUGUGGAAGAAGAACAUCACAGGAUCAGGUGUCACUGUGGCUGUCAUCGAUGAUGGUAUUGAAUGGACAAACCCAGAUUUACAGGACAAUUAUAGUCCAGAAGGGAGUUUUGACUUGAACUCCAAUGACCCUGACCCCAUGCCUGAGUUUGAUACGAAGGGACAGAACCACCACGGGACGAGGUGUGCUGGGGAGAUAGCAGCCGUGGCUAACUCUGUGUGUGCAGUGGGGGUGGCCUUCCAUGCCAAGAUUUCAGGUAUCAAGAUCCUGGAUGGGCCCAUGACUGACAACCUGGAGGCUGCAGCAUUUAACAAGAACAUGCAUAUCAACGAUGUCUACAGCUGCAGCUGGGGUCCAGAUGAUGAUGGAAAAACAAUUGAUGGGCCGCAUUACUUGGCAAGGAAAGCUCUGCUGUAUGGUGUGACUGGGGGCAGACAGGGAUAUGGAUCCAUCUUUGUUGUUGCCAGUGGCAACGGUGGCAGCGCAGGAGACAACUGUAACUAUGAUGGCUAUGCAAACUCCAUCUACACAGUCACCAUUGGUGCAGUAGAUGAGGCAGGAGGGAUCCCUUACUAUGCAGAAUCCUGCUCUUCCAUGUUAGCUGUGACCUUCAGCAGUGGGGACGCCUUCCACAAGGGCAUUGUGACGACAGACUGGCAGAUGGGGAAGGGUACAGGUUGUACCACUGGCCACUCGGGUACGUCUGCGGCUGCACCGCUGGCGGCAGGCAUGGUGGCCCUGAUGCUGGAGGUACGGCCAUGUCUCACCUGGAGAGAUGUGCAGCACAUCAUCGUCCUCACGGCCAAACUGAUUAACGAGCAGAGCUCAGAGUGGACUGUUAAUGCUGCAGGUUUCUACCACAGUCAUCAGCAUGGCUUGGCUAAUGUCGCUGAAUUCUCCAACCUUACAAGAGGACUACGUCUUCACAGGAGGACACACUGUCAAGUUCUAUUACAAUGUGACUAAGCAGGAUGCAGACAUCCAUUUCCUGUACAGCCUGGAGUAUGUUCUGGUGACAGUGUCCAUCUCUCACAGUUCCCGUGGUAACCUGGAGCUGAAGCUGGUCUGUCCCAGCGGUACCAAGUCUGUCAUUGCAGCCCCUCGGUCUAAAGACAAAUCAAAAGAUGGCAUCAAGGAGUGGACGUUCUCCACAGUGCGGUGCUGGGGGGAGGCAGCAGUGGGCAUCUGGGAGCUCCUCAUCACUGAUCAUGGAAAUCCAGGUGAGGGGUGGGGUAAGCUGGAGAAAUGGAAGCUGACUCUGUAUGGGUCCUCUCUCACACCAGCAAACAUACAGGCCAGAAGGGAGAUGGUUGAAGAUGCCAUGGAUGGCAGAUUCCUCAACUCCAACCUCUCAGCACCCUGCCCCCCUCCCGAGCCACCAGCAUAUGAUGAGACUAAAGCAAUAAGAGUGAAGACACUGAAGAUCCUGGUGCUGACUGGUGGCAUGACUGUGCUGCUGGCCCUGUACUACACAGUGGAACAAGCCUUCCUCAACAAGGAGGAUAAGGAGGGCGUGCCUCCCCCCAUCAACCCUGCUCCUGAGGGCUGUCCUCGCGAGACAGACCGCCUCAUACCUCAGCAAGACACAGCUGAGGAAAUACCUAUGCAAACUCUGCCUCUCACAGAAACACUACCAAAUAACACAGCUAACACAGAAGAGCCAGUAGAUAGCAAUGACACGGCUGACAACAGUCCAGCACUAGAAAGGCAGCCUCUCCUGUCUUCUCGAUGUGACGUUCAGAUCCAAGAGCUUCCAGGUACCACUACUGAAGACUCAAGUCAUGCCAGCCUGAUGUCUGAGACAUAUCAAAACGAGAUGUGGUCUGUAAGAGACGAGGAUGUACUUAAUGUGUCGUGUCAAAUGAACCACAGUUCGAUAGCAGAUGGUACUGCUGUACUAGAGUUAGAGUCCAGUGAGAAAGACUGGGAAGAGCAACCCUUGCUAGCUGUGGAUCAGGAGGCCUCCAAUAUUACUCAGUCAGGGGACAAGUGUGUGCUUCCAGUAUCUGAAGAAACCACAGUUGAUCUCAUGGUUGGACAACAGCCCAGUAGGACUUCAGGUGGAGUAGCAGACAGGAGUGAUGAAGAUACCAGUAGUUCAGAACAAAGUGCCAGACAUUCUCUCUGAUCCCAAGUCUUCCACUAGCAAUGAUUCUACCAAGAUGUCUUAAACUUUGUGUGCACCUGUCAGCGACAAGGAAUGGUACUUGACUGCAUUCCAAGAUUUCUGCAAUGUCUUCACAGCUAAGGUGCUUCCUGUCAGAAGAAAACAGGAGACAUGUCUCGCUCACUGCUGCUCCUGGUGGCAUUACGUUUUUUGUCAGUAUUAGACUUCUAGUUAAUUUGGGUUUACCAUGACAUAUUAGUAGGGCUGUUGCUGUAGCUCAACUGGAAGCAGCCUCACUGCUGAGCUCCUAUAAUGACCUAUGUGCCACUAGGCACUACAAGUCCAACAACAACAACAACAACAACAUAGAAAUGUCAAACACACAGACUGUAGCUUGAUGAUAGUAGCAAUUGGUAUCCAUGAUGCUGUUUUGAUCGUAGGUCUGUACUAGAUAUUUUGAAUCAAUAUUUAUUGUGACAACAGAAGACCUAAUGUGUUAGGUAAGUAAGGUGUAAAACAGCAAAAGCUAUUCGUUACUGUAAUCAUGACAGCUCAUAAUAUGUAGCUCAUUUUGUACCAUCAAGGUCCAUGACAGAAGGAGAAGUUUUAAAGAAAAUAUGUAUAUCUAACUUUAGCUAUCAAUAAUGCAAUGGUGAUACAGUAUUUGUUCUUUGAUUGAUGUAAGUCAUAAGGUUUGAAUGCAAUCUUCUAUCAUGAAGUGAAUUAAUUUUGUAGAGAAAAGUGCAAUAAGCAAUAAUACAAUAAGUAAGAUGACUCCAAAAAUUGCUCUUUUCCAGUAUUGUAUUUUAACAGUUUGCCUUCUUUCAAGAAAUGGGUCAUUCUGAAAUAAUCUCCAAACAGAUGUAAGGACGAGGAGAACCAUUAGAAAAAAUGGAAUACUAGAAAAGAGUCCUGAAAUAAGUGUAUCUAAGUAAGCAUAAGGAAUUGAAGAAUUAAUGUGAAUUGAUUCAGCCUGAAUUUGUCCAUAUCAAGGAUUAUUGAGCAGCUCUGAGCAUUUUUCUUGACGUUGUGGUAGUUUGGGUGAAGGAUCUAAUUUGAUUAUUGAUUUUUGAUAGAGGCUGGUGGAUUUUUCAAAACAGAAGCCAUUUCUGUAUAGCAUAUCUAGAUUUAUAUUUUCAUUCAAUUGUUAUGCAAUAUUUUCCUUUUACUUCCGUUAAAUGAAAGGUACUGUUUUUAAUAUGUGUGUUUUGUCAGUACUAGUGUGUUUCCACACUUCUUUCCACAUUGAGGCAUAUCGAGGGCACUGGCAGGAAGUUAGGCCAAAGGUCCCAAAUGGUCCAAGAAUACGUUAUCAAUGGAUAUCUCAUGUCCUGUCUUAAAUUUCCAGCUAUAAGCAUGUCUGUUGCGUAAUGGGAGCCAAUAGGAAAUCCAUAGACAGAAUCAAUGAGAAAUUCACAAUAAUGAAUGAAAAAAGAAAUUCACAAAGUCUUAAUAUUUCAGACAUAUUACAUUAUUAGAGUUUUUGGUCAUGUAAUAGCAAUUCUAUGAACAUCCAACCAAGCAUCAUGCCACAGACUGUCAUUAAUGCAAUAAACUCAAGUGAAAUACAAGCAAUAGAAAUGUCAAUCAUGAUCAUUAUAAUAAAUAAAUAAAGCA